UUAUUGAAAGCUGAAUGGAAAUGUAAAGCUGAAUGAAACUUUGCAAAUUGUGUUGUUUUGCAAUUGAUGUUUCUCAUGUGGCAUUGCAGUACAUAUCUCAUGUGUCACUCAAAUGCCUGCAUUGACAAUGAAGAACAAAUUAAGCAGGGAAUGUGUAAGACGACAUGGUCUCCAUGUAUGCCGCAAUUCAACUAAAAUAUCAAAAGAUUCAUGCCCUCAAGUUAAAACAUUUGAACAGGCAGCUGUAUUGGACACUUGUAUUCAAAAUCAUCAGGAUGGUUCUUCAAAUAUUGACAUAUCUGGACAGAACAUUGUGAUCACAGAAGCUAAAGAUUUCCGCAACAUAUUGGAUGAAGUUUCUACCCAUAUUCUGAAGGUAAAUAUGUGCCUUAUUGGUGGUUCUCUUACAUACCAUGCUGUUUACUCAAUAUAGAUUAUGUAUAACAUCAUAUGACUUAUUUUUUCGUUUUUAUUUAAAACCACAAUGUUCUGCUUGUAUUCAAACCUCCCCCCUUGCUCUCCUCCAUGCAGCUGCCACGAUUAACAACUUGGUUCAGGCAACUGAUUUGGUCAUGUGCAACCACAUAAUUAAUUAAAACCAUUUGAGGUUUCAAAAGACAGUUUGUUCAUGCAUAUGCAUAAAGUAUACAUGCUUAUGUAUUGUUUACACUGUUUAGUUGCUGUAUUGAUGUUAAUUUAGUGGCUUUAUUGAUGGGAUCCUACAGUUGUUAGGCAUUGGCACUAGUCAGACUCUAAGUUUUAGAAAGUGAUUGAGUUGUUUAUUUUUUUAUUUAUCUCCUGAAAUGAUCAUUGGAUGCUAGUGGCAUGGUAACAAAGAAAGUGAUUCAGAGGGGGAAAAAAGAGGGAGAGAAAAGUGAAAGAAAACUAGGCAACCAUAU